AUGCAGGCAGUGAAGACAGUAGAGGAGAGCAGCUCAGGUCAAGCUGGCAGGAUGCAGAAGGUUAUUCGCAUUGCAUAUCUAAUCUUGGUUCUGGAAAUUACCUCUCUGUUUGCCCAGUUUUCCAUUACACCUUAUUUGGCAAAACGGCUGGGGUUCGAUACCAUCUGGUUUGGGUACCUGCAAACCACAGUAGGAAUAAUUCAGCUUUUGGGUGGACCUGUCUUUGGCAGGUUUGCGGAUCUGCAUGGCGCUCGCGCUGCCCUCACCCUGUCCAGCUUGUCUUCAGCUGUAUACUUCAUGAUCCUGGGCUGCGCCACGAAUGUGCCUCUUCUCUUCAUCUCCAAGCUGCCUGCCGUAUUCAUGCAUGGAAUGCCAGGCGUGCAGAUGGUCGUGACAGACCUGACUGAGCCAGGGAAUCGAGCCAGUGCUCUGGGUAGACUGGGGCUGUGCUUGGGGGUGGGCAUGAUCAUGGGCUCAUCGCUCGGGGGCUCCCUCAGCACACGAUACGGGGAAUCCUUUGCAGCGUUUGUUGCAGCAGCAGGGAGUCUCCUCAACGCUGCUCUGGUGGUGAAAUUCAUCCCUGCCCACACCAAGAAAUGGGCAGAAACAGAUAGUGCCACGGACAGUAAGGCCUUUUCUGUGUUCAGCCUGAGUGACAUCACCAGGCUGAUGAGGUUCCCUGGAGUUGGGGAGAUGUUCACCAUCAAGAUCAUUUCAGAACUGCCUUCAGGUAUUUUCCAGGUUAUGUUCUCCAUCAUUGCCAUGAAUUUCUUCCACCUUAAGGCUGAGCAGACAGGGUACCUCUUGUCCUACUUUGGGCUCGUCCAAAUGGUUAUCCAGGGUGGUGUGAUUGGAAGGUUGACGGAUAAAUAUUCUGAAAGAACACUGCUCCUGCUGUCAAUCGGCACUGCUAGCAUUGUGGGUUUGGCUCGGGCACUGAUGACAAAUGUACAAGAGUUCUGUGCAGUUGUCAUACCAAUGAUGUUUUCUCUGUGUCUGUUCAAUGUCAUCACAGACACCAUCGUAACAAACAGUGUUCCCUCUUCUGACACUGGUACAAUGCUGGGGCUGUGCUCCUCAGUCCAGGCACUGCUCCGGACUGUCGGUCCAACCAUAGGAGGAUUUCUAUACCAGAAUUACGGUGUCUUGUCUGGUUACAUACAGUGUUUAGUCAAUCUGCUGCUCUUUCUCUACCUCUUGAAAAGCAACUUCAGAAAAACCGAAGAGCAGCAAAGUUGAAAGUUGAACUGUAUAACUGAAACGAAAAUCCAGGUUUUGUUUAUGUGUAUAAUGUACAUUAGCACAAAAAGAAUUUAGUGUGAUUUAAAGUACAUUGUAUUAGUCUUUGGAGUACUGAAACCUCAAAACAAGCUUGCCACAAUGCUUUGUUCUCCCCUGAUGGUUU